GCGAAUGGAUUCACAUCGAACAGAUCUGUGUAAGGUUGAAAGCGAAACUUUGUUGCUUACGAGUAAUUUGUCAUUUCAGUAUAUUGCUUGUUAUCCUUGUCUACACUUCACAUUUAAUUUAUCAUGAAGAAACCAUUGAAAAAGGAUGUCUACAGCCUUGGUAGACACAAAGUUAUUGAGUGUGAUAAAACUGAAAAUGCCCAGGAAGUGAGACUUGUUGUUUCCCCUAUUGACGAAACUCAGAGAUGUAAGAAGAUUUGCAUUCUAAGAGACUUCUGGCUAAACACAUUUGUCAAUAUGGGGGAUGUAAUUCACAUCCAUGCUGAUUGGUAUGAAUCCUUUGACGAAAAUUUUGAAAGCUAUGACUUAGCUAUAAUUGACUGUAGAAGUGGUCUAAUUGUUGUCAAACCAGAUCUGCUAAUAUCAGGAACCUCAGUUGUUUCCUCCCUCUUUUGUCAGCGUAAAGCUGUGCUCUCUGAGAGAUUUCGUGGUAUUGAGCCCACCAACCAGGUUAUGUUAAAUGGAACUCUGGUUCACCGCCUUUUACAAAAAGCUUUAAUUGGAAAAUUCUACGACACUCCUUCUCUGAAUCAAAUCGCCGACGCGUUACUCAGUGAUCCCGCAACGAUUCAUGAUCUCUAUGGAGCCAAUAUACUGAAAUGUAAUCUGAAAGAAAGUAUUUCGGGUUAUAUCCCAAUGGUCAAGACUUUUAUUGAUAAAUACGUCGUCGAUACAAGUCCAUACCUUCCGCAUGAAACUGAUACGAAAAAGAUAGCAAGCAAAAACGGAAAAUAUGGCAAUCCUCCGACAUUUUGGGAUGGUCACAUUGACACUGUCUGCGAUGUAGAAGAAAAUAUGUGGUCACCAUGGCUCGGCAUCAAGGGGAAGGUCGAUUUCACCGUGAAGGUGAAUGAUAAAAAGUUGGGUAAAGUUAAGAUGCCUUUAGAGUUGAAGACUGGGCGGUCUUCUUUCUCAGCAGAACACAAAGGACAGGUUACCUUAUAUUCAAUGAUGAUGAAUCAACAGAAUGGCAUAAAGAAAGUUACAGAUCCUAACAACCCAGGUGGCUUAUUACUUUACCUCAAAGACGGUGCCAUUCAGCAUGUUCCUGCAGGACACAACGAAAAACAGGGUCUCGUUCAGCUGAGAAACGAAAUGGUCAAAUAUUUAACCUCUCCUACCUCGAUUUCGGAAAGCGGAGAAAUAUCCGAAGCUCCACUUCCCACGCGCAUUGAUCGCGUGAACCAGUGCAACUCCUGUCCGUUACGAGUUGAAUGCACCAUUUAUCAGAUUGCUGAAGAUAGCGCUAACGAAACACCGUCGUCAAUGCCUUUACCGUUAGAGUCGGUUGAUCAUUUAACGUCUGCACACCAAAACUAUUUUUUACACUGGUCAAAGAUGCUGCGGCUCGAAUUUGAAGAAACUCAGGCUCGAUCUCGCUCAAUAAGCGAUAUUUGGUGCAUUGAUCCGCUUGACAGAGAAUCUCAAGGAAAUUGUAUCAGUUAUUUACAGGUCGAACAUUGCCUAGCGUCCCAAAAUCCGACAUCUGAAUUAAACCAAUAUUCAAUCAAACUUGUUCCAGCUAAUCGUAAUUAUCUGCCCACGCGCAUUUCCUUGCAACGAGGUGACAGUGUAGUACUCAGCACAGAUAAAGAGGUAGCUGUAGCUACUGGCUGUCUGAUUGAUAUCAGUGCUAGUUCCGUUACCGUAUCGACCGACAGGAAUGUCCACAAUUGGGAUCGUAAUUACGAGGUACUUCAUUUGGACAAAAUGGAAUAUCAAGGCGGACAAACUCUUUUGUAUGCUAAUCUCAGCCGCUUGAUGGCAAAUAAUGCAAAUGCGGCCAAACUCAGAGAGUUGGUCAUUGACCAAAGGCUUCCGGUUUUCAAAGCUGGAUUGCCAAAAUCGCUGCUUGAAGUGUUGUGGCCUGUUUUAAAGCCCUUGAAUGCAUUUCAGAGGAGGGCUGUCCUAAAAGCUCUAACCUGCGAAGACUAUUGCCUCAUAAAUGGUCUACCAGGUACUGGAAAAACUUCUCUCAUCGUGGCGUUGAUACGACUGGCCGUCCUUCUUGGUCAGUCUGUACUCUUGACCAGCUACACCCAUUCUGCUGUUGACAACGUCUUGCUCAAACUUGCCCAAUUCAAUGACGUCGAAUUUCUUCGCAUUGGACGGGAACACCGAACCCACCCUGCCAUUUUGCCUUUUAGUGCAGAAGUUAAAACUCAAAAUUGUCAUACCGUAGAGGAACUAGAAACUGUUUACAACGUACCUGUGAUAGCAGCCACUUGCCUUAGUGUCGGACAUCCGGCUCUGAUUCGCCGCAAAUUUGACUUGUGCAUCGUCGACGAAGCUGCGCAAGCUUUACAAUUGGCUGUUCUUGGACCCCUAACAGCUGCCAAAAAAUUCGUUCUUGUUGGCGAUCCACUUCAACUUCCACCAGUCGUCCAAAGCCGAACUGCCAAAUCUUUGGGAAUGGAUGAAUCACUGUUCGUGCGGCUGAGUCGAGUGACACCCACAGCCGCUGUAACCCUCAAGCUUCAAUACCGGAUGUGCGGCCCGGUCAAUAUUCUGGCCAAUAAAUUGACGUACGGAGGCGAGCUGGAGUGUGGCAAUGAAGCCAUCGAGCUGGCAACGCUCCAAUUGCCUUCUCUUACUUCCAUCGAACAGGAAUAUGCUGAUCGACCAUGGCUUCUCUCGGUCAUUAAACCUGGAUUACGUCAUGCUGUUGUCUUCCUCGACACAAGCUUGUUGGGUGCUAUCAAAGCCAAUCAUUCGGAAAUCGAAAGUGAUGAGAGCACCAAAUCGCCAGUUAAUCAUUUGGAAGCCAAAUUGGCUCUACUUAUUGUUAAGGCGUUGCACGGCAGCGGCUUACCUUACGACCAAAUGGGAAUUAUCGCACCUUACCAGUCGCAGGUGCAGCAUUUGAAGAAGAUGACGAUUGACACACCCGAAUUAGAGAUCAACACAGUUGAUCAGUACCAAGGUCGUGAUAAAGAAGCCAUUAUUUACAGCUGUACUAAGAGUGAAAAAGAUGGCGAAUCAACUGUCGCGGAAGGCACGCAAACAAUUUUGCAUGACAUAAGACGUUUGACUGUAGCCCUGACGCGAGCCAAGCACAAACUGAUUGUCAUCGGUGACAGUGAAACUCUUCAGCGGUAUCCGCCUUUUGCGAAACUCCUAAACUCGCUGGAAGCGUCGCAGCGCUAUCAACUGUGUCCCGGAAAGGAUCAAAUUUGAGUGCCUUAGCAUGAUCUCUUAGGUUCUUAGAUUAAUCUUGCCAAACUUGUGAAAUAGCCAUUUCGUUUUAGAAUUUCCAGUUUUCGUUUUAAAUGUUUUUGUAUGAUCGCUAAUUUUCUUGCUCAAAUUUUUGCAUUUUGGAAUUCUUUUUUUAGAAUUUUAGUUUUUUUAAAAACUCCGCAUCUCAUUAGCUUUAGUUGAAAAAUUUCUUGCCAAUUUUCAAACUUUAAAUCAGGACUCUGUAUACACUUUUUUUUUUAGUAAUUCCGUGGGGAGAAUAAAUUCAAAUGAAAUCGAAGUGGGUUUGUUUAUAAAGCGAUUUUGUAUUUUUGUUCAUGCAAGGACACGAUUCGUCAUCCAUUGUAUUUUAACUAAAUGAAAGGAUGCGAGGGA